AUGACGAAAACAGAAGACGCGGCGUCCUGCACGGCGGACGGCUGGGAAGAGGUGUUUGACAGAAACAGAGUUGUUCCUCCGCCCAGUCAGACCGUCCGUCAGGUUUUGGAAAGCCACUUCAACACUUCCCGGGGCUUCCAGUUCAGCCUUCACCGGGUCACUGCAGCCCAGCUCCCGCAGGAGAUUUCUACACAGGAGCAGAAUGGGCCCUUCCAGCUGCGAGUCACACUGUUCGACAGAAAUCACCAGUACUUCUUUGGGAAAACAUGGAAAAGCUCACCGCAGAGGAUGGAAAACAACAAGAUUUCCUUCAAUGAGGUCCUGUACUUCCACACGUCUCUGCUGUUGCCCAGCACUCUGCUGGUUAUCGAGCUGGUGUCGCUGUCGCCCAUGCCAGACGGCUCCCAUCAGGCUGUGGGGCGAGGCUUCACUGUCCUGGAGCUUUUCACCAGCAGGCCAGAGGCUCCCACUCUUGAGGGGGACAGAAGGCUGAAUCUACAUCAUGGAUCACCAAGAACCCUGCUCCACCCUCUGUUGAAGGACACCUCUGAAUAUGGGAGAUUCUUGCAGAUUAUCGAUGGAGCAAACUUGAGCUGUGCAGUGAAAAACCAUCCUGCACUGCUUCCUGUGAUGAACCUGCUUCCAGAGAAUGUCCUUGUUUCAGGAUGUGAAGACAUCCCAGGCCUGGCUGCUUCUCCAACAGGAGACGCUCUGCUGAGACCUCAGCUGCUCAAGAUGCUGCCCUUCACCCUGAACAGACUGACCAUCUCCCUCCAGCCGUCCCUGGAGAAGUUCGAGAGCCAGCUGCUGCAGCUGAUCAACGCUGACUGCCAGAACACGAAACAAGCAGGACCAGAAGGGACGCACAAGGCCGUGAUCAUCCAGGAACGGAGGCUUCAUGUUGGUGUACACAACGGCUGGUGCUUUCUCGACAAACCUCAAGUGGUGGUGCUGGAGCCCCUGGCCUCAGGGCUCAGAGGACGAGCAGACGGCACCUCCAAGCGAGGCACCCGCCCAAACAGCUCUGCAGCAUCGCCGCUCCCUCAGAUGCUGGGCCUUCGAAGCAGCCUGGAGCUCAAGCUGGCCGAGCACAAAGACUUAGCCAUCAUCUUUCAGCUGGAGUAUGUCUUCUCCGCUCCGAUCGGCCGGGAGACCAUGCUGUCUGCUACCUCUACGUCGCGGGCCGCCUUCCUGCAGAGCCUCCGCUGGGGGAGUUGGUGCCCCUUCCAGGAGCCGGCUGACUGGAGGCAGAGCGAGCUGCAGCUCGUUCUGCGAGGAGGUGCACGGCCAAACCCUCAUGCAGUCAUGGUCUACAGCACCGAGGCGUCUGCCAAGUCUCCCAGCCCCGCGUCGGCCCCGGCUCCGGGUUCUGCCCAGGAGCUCUCGGGAGAGGAGGAUGUGAUAUCCUUUUGGCUGACAUCCAGCGUAGAGGUGAAGGCAUCCAGCCCGAAGCCAUCUCUGAGGACAAAGCAGGAAGAAGCACCGCAUCAGAGAAGAUCCCCUGCGACACCUUCACGGGGUUCAAGCCGCGCUCUGCCUUCUUCUCCUCCAGAGUCUCCUCAAGGCCCCGGGCUCUCGCUGUCUCAGCUGGCAGCUACUUCACGCUACCCGACCAUCAGCCACUCCAGCUCGGCGUUGCCGUGGCAACAGUCAUUUCCUUCUCUGCUCCAUCCUUCCCCGUUGGCAUCGGCCCACCAGCUGUCACAUGUCGCCGUUAGCAGCAUUGCCCACCUGGAGAUGGACCUCAGUCGGGAAGACGAGUCACGUCUGAUUCAGGAUGAAGGAGAACAACUCCAGGAGCUGCCGUUUACCCCGGUCCAUGCCCCGGUCAUUACUCCGGGGACCAAUGUGCCAUGUUCCGGCUCAGUCAGCUCCAGGAGCUCGCUGGCUCACCUCUUCUCCGCCGGCUUCCCUGACAUCGUGGACAGCAGCGGGCAGGCGGCAGAAGUGCUGGACCCCGCACAACAUCUGCUCUUCGACCCCAAGCGAGAGGAGGCCGACCCUCACCGGGGAAACUUGCUGGUGUUCCAGUUCCUGGCAUUUACCAGAAUACCAGCACCGGGCGCGGGUCCCGACUGGCCUGACAACAUCUACCUCACGUUCCAGUUCUAUCGAUUCCCGCCGGUCACGUCGCAGCAGCUCAAGCUGCUGAAGAGUGAAAAGGUCCAACACAAGGCCGGCGAGCCGCUUCCCUGCGUCCUAGCCUCGCACAACAAAGAUGGCACCAUUAACUCAGGCUCUCCGGGUCUGCAGGUUCAGUUCAGAGUGGAUGACAGUUUCCUGAAGCCGGGAGAGAAGCGCUUUUUUCUUCGCUACCUGGCCCGCCACACCAUGCACAUCGACAUCUGGGACAGCGACUCGUUGCUCCUCAUCGGUUCUACUGCCAUUCAGCUCGAGCACAUGUUGCGUCAGGGUAAAUCGGCCGUGCAGGCCCUUCACGAGGUGGACGUACUGACCACUGAUUACGUGGGAGCGGACACUUUACUGACGGGCGUAGAUGUGGAUCGGCGCUCGGCCGGCUCCCCCAUGACGGUCCACACCAUCGUCAGAGGCCGGCUCCACGUUCGCACGGGCAACGUAGGGUGCCCAGUAGACCCUGGCAGGCGGGGGAGGCCAGCAGACGUGCUCCCAUCUCAUUCCCACAUCAUCACACCUAGCGAAAUCAACAGUGGCUUCAGAGGAGGAAACCUCUUUUCCAGGAACAUCCUCCAUCCCUACGCGAGGAACAAUGCGCCACCAGACAGACUGGCGAGGGACGACACCGUCGUGCCUGAAGAGUGCAACCAAAUCGGGGACGAGGAGGUUCGCCGGAAGCUCAGCCGCUUGGCCCUCGUGCAAGAGCGGGAGGGCGGAGAAGCAACAAAGAGUGUGAUCAAAGACGCACUCCAGGCGCAUGAACUCCAUCAAUUCAAAGCCUGUGAUGAGCGCAGCAAGGCGGAGGCCAUCGGCAACAUGCUGAUCCAGGCCAUGACCACCCAUCACCUGCUCUACGCCAGCCUGGGCUGCGCUCAGUACUUGGAGUUUGUCCUCAGAAAUCCCCUCAACGUACCUCAGACUGUCACCAUCCACAGCGACAACCCCGAGCUCAGUGUGAUCACUACCACUGAGGAGUGGCGUUACUUCAAAGCACUCGCCAAAACUCCCACCCCGCUGGAGGAGAACUUGUUCUACUCAGAAGACGGCGCUCCGGGUCCCAAAGUUUACCUGCGGCCCAACGAGAGGGUCCACAUUCCCCUGAAGUACCAGAGCUUCGUCUGUGACCACGCCAUGUCACUGCAGGGGCCGAGCUUCCUACCUACAGGCAGAGGUUCUCAGGUGGCCAAGAAGAAUCUGUCCAAUACUAUUGCUGCCAAAUCUAUCAAGGUGACUUUCACAGGGGAAAAUGGCAAACCGAUGGCCAUCUGCCAAGUGAACGUGGAGCCAACACCCCACGUCGUUGACCAGACCUUCCGACUUUACCACCCCGAGCUGUGUUUCCUUAAAAAAGCCAUACGUCUGCCACCAUGGCACAACCCCGCAGAGGAAACCAGAAAUGCCAGGACUUCCCUCUCCGUGCGCUGCAGUGACCCGAACGUCAUCUGCCAGACGAGAAUGCUGGUGCCAGGAGAGCCUCAAGAUGUGUACCUGAAAGUGCCGGGGAGUCCCAGUCCACACAUAAAAAUGUUCUUUGUGAUGGUUUUCACUGAUGAGUGGAUGGCGGCGCCCUCCCAGAUCUGGCAGAUUUACGUGCACUUCCUGGAGCGGGUGGACGUCAGCUGCGUGACCGGCCAGCGGAGCCGUCAAUCAGUGAUCCUGAGAGGGAGGCAGGCGGUUCGCAAGGUCAAAUGUUUCUCCUCACACCCAGAGGAAAUCGAGGUGGACCCGGCGGGUGUGUUCGUGUUGCCUCCUGCAGCCGUGCAGGAGCUGCAGCUGAGGGUGCAGCCGUGGCAGGCCGGCAGCCGCUUCCUGUACGUGAACGCGGUGGACGUGGAGCAGCGCCGUCUGGUCACCGCCUGGCUGCUCUGCCUGAACGUUCACCGACCCGUCCUGUCCAAGGCAUUUGAGGUGUGCGUCCCAGUCGGCCGUGGACGUGGCAGCUCUCGGAAAAUCACCUACACCAAUCCUUACACCAGCGGACGCACCUUCCUGCUCCGGUCGGACCAUCCAGACCUGCUGCAGUUCAGAGAGGAUAAAUUCCAGAUUGGCGGGGGAGAGACUUACACUAUCGGACUGAGAUUCGCCCCCAGCCAGAGUCCUGGCUCUGCGGAGAUCCUGGUCUACGUCAACAACACGGAGGAGAAGACGGAGGAGACGUUCUGUGUCAAAGUCAGCUACGUGUGAGCCA